CAGUAAUAACAGAUCUGACAUCAAGUAAACGUUAUGACGUAGAAAUGGAGGCGAUUAAAUUAUUUGGAGAACCUCUAAGUUCUGUUAUAUUGCGGUUGAGAAGAACACCAGAAUAUCUGGCAAUACUUAAUGAUCAAUUGGAGAACUUAAAGAUGGAAAGAGACGAAUUCGCAGACCAUUUGUUGGAGACAUUACGUAAAGAAUUAAUCGCUAAGAUAGAGAAGAUGUAUCAUGUAAAUGAAAGUGGGACUCUCCACCCUGAGAUACUGAGGAAAGCCAACAAUUUGAGGACUGGACGACUACCAAAUGGCUUCAAAAGUAAACAACGUUUCCUGCGUCAAGGUGACCCUGAGGAGGAAUUCGACAAGUAUUUAAUACAUGCUGUUGAGGUUCUGGAUAACCAUCCGAUAUUGAACAGCGUGUUAAGCGUCGCAGAACGUAAUGACUUUAAGGAUAUGGGUUUUGAAUUGGCCGGACAGUACAUCCACAGUUUAAUCGAUAGUUUGAAGCCGAGUGACCUUCCUUUGCCCUCUACUCAACAACCGUGGGGAGAUAAUGAUAAUAUUAGUAUAACAUCGCAACACAACCAUGCCGUAACUCCACCACCCCCGGUCACGGUGUACGUGAACCAGCUCAAUUCUACGGAUAUUGAUCCAAAGCUGACAAUUCCGCCUAAAUACUACAAACAACGUAUGAAAGUUUUUCAUAAACAAUAAAGUUAUAGA